AUGCCUCUACUCAAUCCAUAUCUCCGUGCUUUCUUCCGGUCCGCCCUCCCCGCUCAAUGUACGCCUGUCGAAGACUAUAUACUGCUUGUUCCCACCACCGAGAUCUUGACGAACACGCGCGACCGCGAGACCGGGUUGCUGUACGCGGAGCUGAUCGGGAAUGACGAGUUCCUGGGAAGCCACGUGCUGCGGGUUCCGAACGUGACGGCGGGCGCGCAGAGUGUUGCCGGGCGGGAGACGCGCGGGAAGGCGAGGCAGUUCACCACGUUCAAUGGCCGCACUGUCGUCGUCAAGGAUAGCUGGGUUUAUUCCAACAAAGGGUUCCGGAGCUUGAAUCAGGCUCAGCUGCUACACGAUACGCUUUACUAUCCGGAUGUCAAUGAACCGCAGCAAUGGCUCAUCUACAUGAUCUCGAAACCCCUGAUCGGUUCUCUCGAAUACGUUCCGACGGUGCCGCCGUACCUGCGCGAACGAACGGCGAAAAUGACGGAUCAACCCCCGGGCACUGCCGGCUCCUCGCACAGCUCGUCAAACAAAAAGAAAGAAGUCCGGUCUUUCAACGAGCUGCUGAUACUCUUUCCCAUGAUCGCGAGACAGAUGCAGCCCGGAUUGGAAAAACUGUUUCAGGAUUUUGAAAUCUCUUUCCAGCGGUUUAAGCCGUUGCCGCUUCCGCCGCCUUCCCCAGCAUCUACGCGAUCCGGCGCCUCCGGGAUUUCGUCGAGAUCGUCGGUGCGCUCGGCAGUCGAUGGCGAUAUCUACAAGCAGGCCGCGGAUGAAAGCGAAAUUAGAAGAUCUUUGGAAUCUGCAAUAAUGGCGGCUGUUGACUUGUUUCAACGGGUGGACCAGUCGCAGCUGGAUUUACUAGCUUCUACUACCGACCUCACCGGCCCCGCGGUUGAUCGUCUGAUUGAGAGAUAUGUUGCGGAACAGCUUCAUGAUACCACAUUAUUUCCCCGCCUAUGCGCCACGCAAGCUAUCCAGGAUGACGAGCUCGAUCAGAAGGUCAUGGAGAUGGAGAACGUCGAUCUCACACAGAUCGGAAUACCUUCGUUCGAGCAAAUAGGAAAGAAAAGCCUCAUGCAGCGCAUUUCCCGUGGAAUAGCAUCGUUUGAAAAGAUUGGGAGCGCCAGGUCUCCACAGGCGAUGGUGGAACACCUUCUCGACACGGCCAGAACCUUGACCAAGGUGGAUACCCCCGACAACGACGUGCCAAUAGCAGAGUUGGGUUCGGCCGCCGAGAAAUCUAAUACCACGGUGGUCACUAUGAACGCUGAUAUGCUCGUUUCACUUUUAUUGAUUGUGGUUAUUCGGGCUAAAGUACCCAACCUCCAUGCCUGCCUGAGCUAUAUGCGCAACUUCGUGUUCGCGGAGGAUGUCGAGCAGGGUGAGGUGGGAUACAUCCUUAGCACUCUUGAGGCGGUUCUGUUUCACAUCGCCCAAGACCACACGCUGAGCGCUGUGAGUCGCGCAAACGAGAAGCUGUGGAGGAGCGUUAAGAACGGAAACCUUAAGGCGGUCAAGAAAAUCCUGGAGAGGAGCGUCGAGGACGAAGCCAUCGAAGAUGGGCCCAGCAGCGAAGACGAGGAAAGUCUGGCCUCUGGAAUCGAACGCUUGGAACUGGAUAGCGGCGAUUCUUCAUCCCAGGACGAUCACUCACCUGCCAUCAAUGGAAUUUUGACCAUUGUCGAGCCCCGCACACCUCCCACUCAGAAGCCGUUGCCGAAUCCGCGGAUUGCGAUCACUCGAUUCGAACUGCGGGGACAGAAGCGGCCACCGUCGCUGCAGUUGAGAUUGCCGCGAAGCAGGAGCGCAGGCAGCGUGUCUAGUAUUGCAACCAUGAGCGACAUCUCAAUAUCGUCCAUGAUAAUAUCGAGGACUGGCACUUCUCUAAGUCAAAGCACGGACCUUUUUUCUGCCGACAAGUUGUCCAGAACACGAAAUCCUCAAGGCGAAUCGCUGCUCAUGAUGGCAAUACAGCAGAGGAAACCAGUCCUGCUGCAGUACCUCCUGAGCACACCGUUUUUCGAUGCCGAGUUCAUACUGGACGACAUCAAUAGUGAGGGAGCAACACUCCUGUCAGCGGCCGUUCAGACCCAGGAUAUGCCGUGUGUUGAAAUCAUUUUGGCCGAGCUGCUCAGGUUGCCAGACGAAACGUUGAAAGAGUACCUCGAGAUUACCGAUGUGUUCGGCAGGACUGCAGCGCACUAUCUUUUCAGCGCCCCAGAUUUGAUCAACCGAUUGGGCUCAUUGUUGCCAUGGAGACUUAAAGACAAGAAGGGUCAAACGCCACUAUUCGCCCUUUGUCGAUCAUACGAUCACCAGAGAUACAGGGAGAUGGUGGGGAUGGCGAUCAAGCAGGCGCAAUUAGCGCAACAGGAUAACGCCAAACUACAUCUGGAUGAGCAUGUCGACCUGAAAGGGAACUCACUGCUUCACAUUGCGGGCGAUCCGGGUGUUGUCAGGAUGCUGCUAAGGUGCGACUCGGAUGUUAAUGCCGUCAACGACAAAGGCUUCACUCCAUUAAUGGUCGCGAGUAAGUACGGUAGGAUUGAGAUGGUUAGAACUCUGUUCGGGGAUGCGAGAGUAGACCUGUUGGCGAAAGAGUUGCGAGGGUUGACUGCAGUGGAGUUGGCGAAGGACGAUGACGUGAGGAAUCGAAUAGAUGAUCUUGUGCUCUUUCAAAAUCUGCCUGCGGAUGAUGGAAGGGUGACCGCCGUCGUCCGUUCAUUCUUCGUGGAGGAUGCCACUAUACGGGUUGUCCUCAAAAGCGGUGCACCAUCAGCCGAGGAGUCGUCAACGUUUACUGUUACCACAUGCCGUCGGUCGCUCACCGACUUCCAGUUUCUCGCAAGAUGGCUACAGUAUGAGCACCCAGCAUCGUGGCUGCCCGCAUUGCUGGUAUCACGGAGUCCAUAUCAAAUCCCAUCCAAGCCCUCACGUGCCGUCUUGCGGGAUAUUCAACUGCGUGUGGACAACUUUCUGCGAACGUUGUUGAUACAUCCCACGUUCUCGACGCACGAGCUACUCUGGGAGUUCUUUUUGGUACCGGAGAUGCGACAGGAAUCGUUGGUGGUGCGCAGCAAGAAAAAGGCAGAAGCGAGGGCCGAACGUGUGCGUGAGGAGUUCACGCCGAUCGAAGACGUGCGAGAGGUCGAGAUGUUCGUGGCCUACGCAAAAGAUUCCGUCAGGAGCAUCAAUCAUGCCUGUCGGAGCGUCACGCGAAGGGCAACCGUAGUACGAUCUACCCUUGCAGACCUUCCCGAGGCAUACAGAAACACGAUCCGCCAUCUCAACGGCUUCAAAUUUCUCCAGGACACGCCCCAACUCGCCGCACUCACCAAGUUAACCGAAGUUCUCUCAUCCAGCGAGUCCAACCCCUACAAUAUCUUCAUCGAAGACCUCCGGAACAUCCAAGCCUCCCUCGCAGGCGUCGCGAACGCCCUUGAGAAACCCCGCCAGAUCAUCGACGAGAUGUCGAUGCUGAAAAAGCAAAUCGAUCGGCACACUGUCUCCCUCCGUCGAUCAGACCGGUGGCCGUUAGGCCUCCUCGAUGAUACCCGCGCGAAGUAUCAUCAGGAGGCUUCGCAGAAGGCACAGCUUGCGCACCGCCAUCGCCUGGAGCUCGCGAGUGAGCUGCGGUACACGCAGAGUAUCGCCGCGCAGGAACUCGCCGCGUUCCAUGAGAUGCAUACAAAGCAGACACGACGGGCGAUAAGGGAGUUGGCGAGGAAGCAGGUGGUGAUGGAGAAGGAUCGGCUGGAGGGGAUGAGGAGGGCGUUGAAAGGAAUCAAAGGCUAG